AUGGGACAUCUUGCAAAUAUAAUGGUCUGGGGAUAUGCAAAUGCCUUCGGUGUUUUCCAGCUCUACUACAAACAGACGACAGACUGGCCUGCCGCUCAAAUCUCUUGGAUCGGCUCCAUCCAGCUCUUUCUCAUGUUCAUUAUGGGUACCGUAUCCGGCCGCCUAGCGGACGCCGGCCUAGCACGGCAUUGCAUCUUCGGUGGUUCUGUCCUCUGUGUCUUCGGUGUCUUUAUGACUAGCGUGAGCACGCAAUACUGGCAACUUAUCCUCACCCAAGGUGUUUGUACUGGCAUUGGUGGCGGCCUAAUGGCUAUGCCCACGGCGACCAUCAUCGGGUCUGAUUUCAAGAAAAAGCGUGCUUUGGCUAUGAGCAUAUCUGCUUGUGGCACUGGGGUUGGAGCUAUGGUAUAUACGGCCGCUCUUCAAUACUUGAUUCCGCAAAUCGGAUUCCAGUGGGCUGUGCGAGCCUGCGGUCUGAUCUCCCUGUUCCUGGCCACAAUUGCCAACGCCCUGGCACGCCCACGGUUGCCGCCGCGAAAAUCGGCCAGCUUCGUCGACUGGACAUUCUUCAAAGACCGGCCCUUUGUCAUUUUCACAACUGGCAGUUUUCUGAUUUACUACUCGCUCUUCACUGUCGUGAUAUAUAUCAAUUCAUACGCUCGCACUGUUGUUGGCUUCAGUGAUGUCGACUCAGCCCAAGUCCUCCUUGUAUCCAAUGCCGCGGCUCUCAUCUCCCGUCCUCUGGCCGGCUUCAUGGCAGACCGAUACUUUGGGCCGGUUAAUACAUGGAAUGGCGGCACGAUGUUCCUAUCAAUCAUGAUCUUUGCACUUAUUGGAGUACGUGACCGUGCCGGCAUGCUGGUGUACUCGGCGGUGAUGGGAUUCUGCAACGGCGCCGCCCAGGGUGUAUUUCCUGGCGCGAUCAGCAGUCUCGUUGAAGAUGUCCACUUGCUAGGCACUCGCCUGGGUAUGGUCUUCGCUAUAUGUGGUUUGGCAACGCUGGCAGGUCCGCCGACCAUGGGCGCUCUUUUGGAUGCCAAUGGCGGCAGAUACCUCUGGGCGCAAGUUUGGGGAGGAGCGGUUAUGAUCCUUGGGUCUUCCAUCGUGGCGACUACAAGAUGUUUCAGGAGCAAGGGCUCAAGAGGGAAAAUGUAG